UAAUGGAAUUAUAACAUUUGAAGAAUGGAGAGAUUUUUUGCUACUUUACCCACAUGAGGCUACCAUUGAAAACAUAUAUCACCACUGGGAAAGAUUAUGCCUAGUUGAUAUUGGGGAGCAGGCUGUUAUUCCUGAGGGCAUCAGUAAACAUGUUCAAAGAACCCAAAUUUUUCAUUGCUGGGGGGAUAGCAGGAGCUGCAUCUCGCACUGCAACUGCUCCUCUUGAUCGCUUAAAGGUGGUUUUGCAAGUUCAGACAACACGUGCUAGUAUUGUGCCAGCUAUCAGAAAAAUAUUGAAGGAAGACGGGUUGCUAGGGUUCUUCAGAGGUAAUGGGUUAAAUGUUGUGAAAGUGGCACCUGAGAGUGCCAUCAAGUUUACACAUGAAAUGUUGAAAACUGUCAUUGCAAAUAGUAUGGGGGAAAACACAUGUGAUAUAGGUGGCACUGGGAGACUUCUGGCGGGUGGUUUGGCCGGUGCAGUUGCACAAGCUGUUAUAUACCCUUUGGAUCUCGUCAAAACUCGUUUACAGACUUAUCCAUGUGAAAGUGGUCAGGGUCCCAAGCUGGGGGCACUUACCAAGGAUAUCUGGGUUCAGGAGGGACCCCGGGCAUUUUACAAAGGUCUUGUUCCAUCUCUUCUUGGGAUGAUUCCAUAUGCUGGCAUCGAUCUAGCUGCAUAUGAGACAUUAAAAGACUUGUCAAAGACAUAUAUUCUUCAUGACAAUGAGCCUGGUCCUAUAGGGCAACCGGGUUGCGGACCAAUGUCAGGAGCUAUUGGGGCAACAAGUGUUUACCCAUUGCAAGUUAUCAGGACCAG